GGCGGAUGCUGGCGCCAGGUGGCAGUGUUUUUGCGUCAGAAAGCCAAGCUUCUCAAUAAGUCUGUUUCAGAAGUCAGUCAGAACACGAGCUGGUGUAAGAGUGAGACUCAGGACUCCAGUCCAAAGGAGCGUUGACCAGCGUUGACCAGCGUUGACCAUGGCGCCACUCACCUGCCAUCUGCUGGUGGCCGCCACCCUGGCCAUGCUGACCGCGGCCAUUCCAUCCUUCAACUUCGACAGGCCGUCCUUUGAUGCCAGGCAGCUUUCCUUCGACAAAUUCCUCGCUCGUCGAUGCAGAGAUGAGAAUGGCUGUCGUCGUAGUCGCUCGGUGGAACGCCGUCUGGCAGGCGGCACCCCCGUCAGCGCCUGCGACUACCCGGGAUGGUGGCCUUCACAGCCUACUCCGUCAAGCUGGUGGUGUGUGAAGGGGUGUACACGGGCUCCCUGAAGGUGGUCGUCACCACCGACUGCUACAACCAGCUCCUCUCCCUCAACAAGGGCUCCCUGUCCAAGGAGACUUUAACCCUUGUUGGCGGCAAUGGUGGCGCCACCGUCACCAUCAAAGGUGGAACUCUGAAAGGCACCAGCAGCGGCAGCGGUACAACAACUAUAACUCUGCCCUCCGACCUCAGCCUGACCUCGUGUCCAGGGGGGUCAGCAGGUACUCUCUAUUCCAGCAAUCGAACAUCGACACCAGCACCUGCGCGUUUGUCAGCUAUGGAGGAGAUACAACAGGCCUGCCGGUAUAUACCAAGAACCUGACGUCACUUCCGUUGACGACUUCAUCCUUACAAACGUCUUGCUGCAAGGAACUGUCUGACAUCCUGGGUAGCAGCAGCAGCCUGGGCAACUAUGACCCCUCCUACGAGUACACCUGCACCAGCACCGGUGGAGCUGUCUGUGGUGGGGACCUUGGAGCUCCUGUCUACUGUAAAGACAAAACUACCAACAAGCAGGUAGUAGUCGGCAUGGCAACCAAUUACGGGUGCGUAGUGGGAGAAACCUUCUUGGCCCUCGACCUCACCGGUGGAAACCUCGCAGGCUUCUCCUCAUAGUCGUCUGCUGUGUCACGCUGGAUCCUCCAUGUCCCGUGCUUCGCACUCCUCCGUUUCUUCUACCUUUUCUCAGAGUAAAACAGAUGAAAACUU